AUGAAUCAAUGAAUAGUCAUCGGAACAAUGUCCCUUGCUCGGCCUCAUCAUGCAGAUAAUACUCAAUUCCCCGGUGAUUUUAGAUUUUCCUUUGGACGAAAUUACCCUCACGUAUAUUCCUCCACCUCCACAGACUUCACUACCAACAGGCGUUACAACAAUAACAACAACCAUAGAAGAAGCUAUAACAAUUCCCAUGACUUCUCAAAUGAAUCCAGACAUCAAUACAACAUUUAUAAUCACAUUGAUCCCCAAGUUUUACCUUCUCUUAAAAGGAGGAAGUUUUCUUCCACCAAUUGGGAAGGUUAUGGUACAUCUUAUAAUCAUAACAACAACAACAACAACAACAACAACAACAAUAAUCAUAAUCCAUCUUUCAAAUAUGAAUAUUCCCCUUCAAGCUCCAAGAUCACAUUCCCUCUUCCUGAUGGAAAUGCUAAAGUUUCCACAUCCACUAGCUACAAACGUGAUCGAACAAGAUUUGAAGAUGAAGAUGUAGAAUUUAUGUCAAGGGAUCAGAUUGAGAGGUUUUCUCCUUCCAGAAAAGAUGGUAUUGAUGCUUUACAGGAAACUCACUUGCGCUACUCUUACUGUGCUUUUCUUCAGAACCUUGGACUUCGCCUUGAGCUCCCACAAACUACUAUUGGAACUGCUAUGGUUCUAUGCCACCGGUUUUUUGUCCGGAGAUCUCAUGCAUCCCAUGACAGAUUUCUGAUUGCUACUGCUGCUCUUUUUCUUGCUGCAAAGUCGGAGGAGACACCUUGCCCUCUGAAUGAUGUAUUGAGAGUGUCCUCUGAAAUUUUCCACAAGCAGGAUUUCAAUGUGCUAUGCUAUUUGCUCCCUAUGGAUUGGUUUGAUGAAUACCGAGAACGAGUGCUUGAAGCUGAGCAAAUGGUUUUGACAACUCUAAACUUUGAGCUGAAUGUGCAGCAUCCAUACACACAUUUGACAUCCAUUCUUGACAAAUUAGGGCUUGCACAGUCACUUUUGGUAAACCUGGCAUUGAGCUUGGUCAGUGAAGGGGGCAAUAGAAGAGUGUAGCAUGCACAGAGUGUAUGAUUUUGUUAGCUGGUGGAUUGAUAGAGUUUUAUUUCUCAUCUCAUCUCAUCUCAUCUGAAGUUGAAAGACAGAUAGUGUUUGGAUGCAUGCAAUGCAGUUUUCAAUCAAAUUUUUUCAUAACUUAAUCUCGCUAAAAGUUACAAUUUUUUGCCCCACCAUACACUUGCUCUUGAUCUCUCGUUUGCGAAAAAGACGUGAAUGCCCUUCUCAUAAGCAAUAGCUCUAGAAAGCUUCCUGUUCCAUGUAACAAACACAGAGGGUUGCGAGUAAUUUUUGUGCAUUGGAUGUUGGUUAUGAGUUGUUGAUUUUAUUUCCAAAAGUGCCCUUCAGGAGAGGGUAGACUCAAACAUAUAUAUAGAGGCAGAUGUGACCACCAACACUAUACCAUUUUUAUCCUUUUUUUUUUUCCACAUGUCAUGUUUUCUUCUAGAGUGAAGGUUAACAUAAUUUCUGAGAUCUCAAAACUCAAAAGGCAACCCUAUUUAGACAGGAAUGCUCAAUUUAUUAUUUUUUAUUUUUUGUAGUGUAAAGCUAAAAAUUACAAGAAAAUUUUGCUGUUUGUUUGCAUAGUCAUAGAGUGCAUGCUGCUUUAGAUUAGCCAGCGUAAGACUUGCAUAUUAGCAAAGAGAAUACCUGAUAAUAUGAGGUGUUUGGUUCUGGAAUAGGAUUCUAUUUUAUGAGAGACAUUAACUUAUAAAAAUAUAGGGUUAAGAGGGUAAUCAGUUAUAUUUUUAACAAGGAAGAUUCAAAUGCUGAAAAAUGAAAUAAAAUCCAUGGGUUUUAAGAUGGAAUCUUCCUACUCAUUUUUAACCAAGCGCAGGAUUUGAUAUCCAAUUCUUGCCAAAUCGAAUUUAGUUGCCAGUUAAGCUCUAUAAGCUAAGCUUCAUCAUCAAAGUGGGCAUUGUACUAGAUUUUGUGUUGUAGAUGUCUAUUUUAUGCUCAUUCCAUCAGCAAUUCUGAAGAUACUUGGAAAAUGUACACCAGAUGCACAUGCUAUGCCUUUCUUUGUUGGCUGCGUAGCUCACUUUGGCUUCAAUUCAAACCCCACCAGAUUGCUGCUGGAGCUGCAUACCUUGCUGCAAGAUCUUUAAAUAUGGAUCUUACUACGUAUCAAAAUGUCUGGCAGGAGUUCUACACACCACCAUCUGUACUCAAGGAUGUUGUCCAGCAGUUGAUGGAGCUGUUUUAGAGCUGAAAGAAAGAUGGUGACAUUUUAUGGCUUUGUUUGGGUGCCUUAUACACGUGUGCUUCUGUAAAUGGCCUUCUGUCAUUUUAGGUCCAGAUCAUCAGUCGGUUCAUAAGGCUGUGUAGUCAAAGCAUUGACCUGACCCGUGUUUGUUCUUUGACUUCUAUUAUAGUAGGUGUCCAAUAUGUGGUUUAGUUGCAUAGGAAAGAGCCUUAAAAUUAAUCUUUAUAUUUGGAUCAUCAAAAUAUUUGAAUCCAUGAAAAACACUUUGUGGAAACUUUAUAUCCAAUAUCUCAUUCGGUGUGCGUUUACUUUGGGGUCUUCACAUGGACACACUAUGAUUUACCUUCCCAUGGUGUGUACACUCUUACUUUUGGGCUGUAUUGAGUACUUAACUAGAGCAUUGACACGUCAUCAUGUCAUGUCUCAAAUCUUCAACAUAUAAAUAUAAAGAUUUACAUUCUUAUAAACAUACUAGGUGAUAGGUUCAUGUGAACAUAGG